GCCCAACAGGCCCAACGCUCAAACAGGGCUGUGCAUAACGGGCCUAGGUUACCACCUAUUAGCCCAAGUUGAGGGCGCAUCAGUACAAGCAUACCCAUGUGGCCAGCGCCAUGCGGGUCGAGGGGAUGCUUACACGUGCAGAUGUAUGUCAGCACCCAGGGGCUACAAAUACCCCCCAACUACCUCCGAUGAAGGUCGCCCUCCAAGGAAUGAAAUGGACAAACAAGAAGACACUCACGUGUCCAAGCCCGGCUUGAACGACUUUAGGCCAAUGCCAAGAAAUCUUUUUGUAGGAGGUGCCGAACAGGAUCACCUAAGUGAGACAGAUGAUGAAAGAACACCGACUGGGUAUGCAACCCAGCCUGAACAGUUCCAAGUUCCAACAGGAACAAGACAAAGAUCUGCCAGGCCGUACAACACACAGCGUGAACGACCUGAAAGGUCAACAGAACCUACUCGGACAACCGAGCUCGAAGAGAGAACUAGAGUUCUCGAAAUGGCGAUGGGUAAAAUCCUUGCCCGCUUAAUUCCUGAUGACCCCUUGAUUCCCUUGCUGAACAGAGAUGCACAAGCAGCUGCGGUUGUCGCAACUCGAAACUCCCCUGCUCUAAGCAACGUAGUGGUGCCGACCAGGCCAAGGGGAAGUGGGAAGUUGAAUAACAAGCCCAGCUCGUCCAAGCAUAGUGAAGAAUUGAUGAGAAAAAACGCAGACCUUGAAAGGCAGCUGCGGGACGUACAGAAGUCCAUUGACGAGCUGAAAAGUCCCAGGUCGCAUCAACAGACUCUGGAUUUGGAUAGUGCGCCACUAAACUUAUCAAUUACGGCAGAGCCGUAUCAAGAGGGAUUCAAAAUUCCCCACCUGGAGACAUAUGAUGGCUCAGGUGACCCUGAUGAACAUCUGCACACCUAUCAAGCCAUCAUGAGAAUCCAAAACGCCAAUGAUGCUAUGAUGUGCAAAGUGUUCCCAGCGACACUCAAGUCAACAGCCAGGAGAUGGUAUCACAAACUCCCCAGACAUUCAAUAGAGUCAUUCUCCCAGCUCGCCAAGUUAUUUUCUAACAAGUUUGCGAGCCAGAGGGAGAUCAAGCGCACAGCAACUGAGCUGAUGCAAGUUAACCAGAAAGAAGAGGAGUCGUUGAGGGAUUAUAUGCAGCGGUUCAACAAAGCCACCUUAGACAUUGAUAACGUCCCGGACACGAUCUGCCUGUCCGCCCUGUUACAUGGGUUGAAGCGUGGCCGGUUUCUAGACGACCUGCUUGAAAACCCACCAAAGACGUGGAAUGAGGUGAAUGACAGAUCGGCCAGCUUCAUACUAUCAAAGGACUUUCAGUCGUCCAAGCGACGAGCUGAUGAUAAGCCGGGUAAAGGCCAGGAACAACAACCGAAAAGAGAAGAGAAGAAGAAGCAGAAGGUCCCAAAUCCUGGCACAAAUCCAGCACUAGAAGGAGAGCCUGACGUUAUGAUGCCGCAUGCAGAUCCUUUUGUGACAACAGUCCAUAUAGGCAACCAUAAUGUCAACAAAGUCUUUGUGGACACGGGUAGCUCGUCGGAUAUCCUGUAUUGGAGUUGUUUUCAGAAAAUGCAGCUGAAUCCGAACUCACUGCAGAAACACGAAGGGCCUAUAUAUGGGUUCGACAAUCAGCCCGUCCCGGUUGAGGGAACCAUUACCCUUCCCAUCUAUGUGGGCUCAGAGCCACGGUUUAGGAUGGCUUCCUUUACCUUCCUGGUCGUCAAGAUGGAGUCGGCUUUCAACGCUAUGCUGGGGAGAGCCACCCUUUGCGAACUGAAGGCGGUAAUCUCACAACCUCAUCUCUGCAUGAAAUUCCCAACUCCUCAGGGGGUAGGAGUGCUCAAAGGGAACCAGAAGAUGGCAAGAACAUGCUACCAAGAUACCUUCAAGAAGGUUGAGCUCGCUGCUUCUCCUACAGGCUCUGAAAAUCACAAGCCAACCCGGUUUGCUCAGCAGGCAAUGAGCAUUUCAGACAUUGAACACCGACCUGAGGGUGUCGAGCAGAAAGCAAAACCAGUAGAGCCGGUAGAAACGGUCCCUCUGAACCCUGCUAUGCCAGAGAGAACGGUUAAGAUUGGCACUAAACUCACAGAGGAAGAACGGGCAGAGCUCCUGAAGUUUUUGAGGGACAAUCAAGACGUGUUUGCGUGGACUACGGACGAAAUGCCGGGCAUCCCCGCAGAGUUGACAGUCCACAAGCUAAGCACGGACCCCACUAAACGGCCAGUGGUAGGUUUCAUCAGGAGAGUGGAGUACUCCGAAUGGGUGUCCAACCCAGUGCUCGUCAAAAAGCCGAACGGCAAGUGGAGGAUGUGUAUUGAUUUCACCAACCUCAAUGACGCAUGUCCAAAAGACCCUCAUCCGUUGCCAAAUGUCGAGAAGUUGGUAGAACGGGCAGCUGGGCACGAACGGAUGAGUUUUCUGGACGCCAGCUCCAGUUACCACCAGAAGCUGGUGCAAAUCAUCUUUAAGCUGCAGAUUGGCCGAAACAUAGAAGUGUAUAUAGAUGACAUGAUAGUCACCAGCGUGCGAGCAGAGGAUCACAUUGACGACCUGGAUGAAACAUUUCAAAACUUGCGUCGAGCUCAAAAGAAACUGAAUCCCUCGAAAUGCACGUUCGCUGUGGAAUCAGGGAAAUUCCUAGGGUACGUAGUAUCCAAGAAAGGAAUCAAGGUAAAUCCAGAGAAGGUACAAGUCGUUCAGCAGAUGGAACCUCCCAAGACAGUAAAAGAUGUACAACGUCUGACAGGGCGGGUGGCUGCAUUGCACAGAUUUAUAGCCAGAUCGGCAGAAAGGUGCCUUCCGUUCUUCAAAGGUCUACGGGAGCCUAAAAACUUUCAGUGGACUGUUGAGUGUCAACAGGCGUUUGACGAGCUCAAACAGUAUUUGGCAUCCACACCCCUGCUGUUCAAGCCUGUCAAUGAAGAAUGUCUAUAUCUUUAUCUGGGGGUCACAGAAGAAGCGGUGAGUUCAGUGCUGCUAAGGGAAGAGAAUAAGAGUCAGAAGCCUGUCUGCUAUGUCAGCAAGGUAUUACAAGGUGCCGAGCAAAACUACCCGCUAGUAGAAAAGGCUGCUUUUGCUUUGGUCUGCACGGCUCGUAAGCUGAGAGCUUAUUUUCAGUCUCAUCAGAUCGUUGUCUAUACCGAUUUACCACUGAGAAAAAUAUUGCAGAAACCUGAACUCUCUGGUCGUCUUAUUGGAUGGAGCGUCGAGCUGAGUGAAUAUGACCUGAAAUUUCGGCCGCGCACAACCAUAAAAAGCCAGGCCGUUGCGGACUUUCUGGUGGAGUGCACCUCAAUAACUAACAAAGAAAAAACACCUGAACACCCAGUCUGGGUUUUAUAUGUUGAUGGAGCAGCUAACAUUGAAGGGUCGGGUGCUGGGGCUGUGUUACUUGGCCCAGAUGGCUUUAAGUCUGAGCACGCACUGAGGUUUAAGUUUCAGACGACAAAUAACGCUGCAGAAUAUGAAGCCCUCAUUUACGGACUAAAGCUGGCGUCCAAGCUGAAAGUAAAAAACAAUCAGGUUUUUAGUGACUCACAGCUUGUAGUGGGCCAAGUGAAUGGCAGUUGCGACAUCAGGGAUCCCCAGCUCAGUCGUUAUGCCUCUGUGGUCAACAGAUUGAAAUCGAUAUUUGCCCUUUUCCAAAUUGAUAAAAUACCAAGAGCAGACAACCACCGAGCUGACGAGCUGUCAAAGUUGGCCUCCUCGCAGGACAUUAAUCCUCAGAUAUCAACAAUUGUCGAGACCACCCCGCUCGUAAAUUAUCUACAAAGUGGCGAGCUACCUGAAGACCAGUCCGCUGCAAAAGUGAUUAAACGCAGGGCGGCACAUUUCACUGUGUUAGAUAACCAGCUCUACAAGCGAGCAACCUCAAUGCCCCUAUUACGCUGCCUUACUCCGUACGAAGCUAAAUACGCCGUGAGAGAAGUUCACGAAGGAGUAUGUGGCACGCAUAUCGGUGGCAGAACUUUAGCUUGGAAACUCCUAAGGCACAGUUAUUACUGGCCCACUAUGGUCGAGGAUGCACAGAACUACGUCAAAAAGUGCCCGACCUGCCAGUUCAAUGCCGACGAUAUUCAUAUGCCAGGUAUCCGAGCUCGUUCUAAAGUUUAUGCAAACUUAGUGACUAUCUAUGAACUGAGCAUUAUCGCCGACAAUGGGCCACAGUUCCGAGCAGCAGCACUGAGAUCGUUUUGUAACCAAUAUGGCAUUGAGCUCGCUUUGACAUCCGUGUACACUCCACAGUCCAAUGGGCAAGCCGAGUCCGCCAAUAAAAUCGUCUUACGAGGACUCAAGAUGCGCGUCUUGGCUGCACAAACUAAUUGGGUUGACGAGCUCAAUAAAGUGCUGUGGUCAUGUCGUACUACACCUAGCUCGGCCACAGGCGAAACCCCAUUCAGUUUGGCAUACGGAGCUGAGGCUGUUAUCCCCGUCGAGGUCGGACUGCCAUCCGAUAGAUCAGAUUGUCAUGACGAUCAGAAUAAUGAACAGCUCUUAAGAGAAAACCUAGACUUUGUAGAAGAAAUCAGGGAGAUGUCCCGAAUAAGAAACAUGGCACAUCAAAGUCGUGUUACAAAAUUUUACAACAAAAGAGUUCGAGCUCGCCAGUUUUAAGUCGACGACCUGGUCCUACG